ACGUGAUCGUGAUUCAUGAAAAUGAAAGUAAAUUCCGACACUUUUGAACUGAGCUGAGACGCCAUUACAGGGAGUCAGAUCUCUGCUGAAAAACACACGUUUGGAGGAUUUUUACCAGAAAGUUCAAGAGACACUAAUUUGGUGAGUUAAAAAUACUUAAAGAUCAAAUGGCUGAGAGAGCUCUUCUUGAAAAUUUCCUGAGCUGCCAUGUGUGUUCAGAGACUUUCAGAGAUCCUGUGUCUCUGAGCUGCGGCCACAGCUUCUGUUCAAGCUGCCUGCAGAAAUUCUGGGAACAAACUAAAAACAAAAACUGUCCCAUUUGUAAAAGAAAAUCUUCAAAGGAUCGUCCUAUUGCCAACUUUACACUGAAAGAACUUGCUGAUUCAUUUGCUGGGAGACAGAAAUCUGGAUCAUCAACAGUGGUGUGCAGUAAACAUGAGGAAGUGCCUAAACUGUUCUGUGUGGACGAGCAGAGAGCUGUGUGUCCUGUGUGUGACUUUUCUCUCCACCAGAGUCACAAAGUGGUUCCUGUAGAAGAAGCAGUCAGUGACCUGAAGGAGCAGCUGAAAUCUGACUUAAAGUCUCUGCAGGACAAGAGGAACAAAUACAAACAAGUGGAGGAAACAUACAAUGAAGUGAUUCAACACUCCAAGAAGCAGCUGUUGUCUACAGAGCGGCAGAUCAGAGCAGAGUUCAACAAGCUCCAGCAGUUCCUGAAAGAGGAAGAGGAGUCCAGACUGGCAGCUCUGAGGGAGGAAGAGGAGCAGAAGGGGAGGACUAUCAGCAGAGAGAUGAAGAUGAUUGAGGAGCAGAUCUCCUCUCUGUCAGACAGCAUCUCUGCUGUUGAAGAAGAGCUGCAGAAACACAGCGUGCCAUUCCUCAGCAGUUAUAAAGACACUCAGAGCAGAGCCAGAGCCCAGAGCUCAGUGUCAGAUCCACAGCUGGUCUCAGGAGCACUGAUAGAUGUGGCCAAACACCUGGGCAACCUGUCCUUCAGAGUGUGGGAGAAGAUGAAGGAGAAGGUCCACUUCAGUCCUGUCAUUCUGGACCCAAACACUGCAAACCGCUGGCUCUAUCUGUCUGAUGAUCUGACCAGUGUGAGGAAUGGAGACACAAAGCAGCAGCUUCCCUAUAAUCCAGAGAGAAACACUAAGUAUCCCACUGUUUUUGGCUCUGAGGGCUUCAGCUCAGGGAAACACAGCUGGGAGGUGGAGGUGGGAGACCAUCCUGACUGGAAUAUAGGUUUAGUUAAAGAGUCUGUUGACAGGAAGGGAGAGCUUUUUGCUUCACCUAAAUAUGGAUUCUGGUGUUUAACACAUAAAGCUGGAAAAUACACUAAUGGUGAUGGUCAGACUGUGACAGUGAAGAAGAGUCUCCAGAGGAUCAGAGUCCAGCAGGACUAUGACAGGGGGGAGGUGUCCUUCUAUGACACUGAAGACAUGACUCACAUCUACACUCACAGAGACACUUUCACUGAGAAACUCUUCCCAUUUUUCAGUAUUGGAGAAGCAGGAGACGCCAAAACCUCUGAUAUCAAAAUCUGUCAAACUGAGAUUUGAUUGUAAAGUGAUUCUUUGUUUUAACUGUUUUUUCAGUACAGCAGCAGGGUUAAUUUUAGGGAAAUUAUUAAUCACACUGUCUAACUUCAUUAUCAGGUUUUAUUUCAUUUUGUUGUUCUAGUGGAACUAUUAGCAAUUCAAUGAAACCAAAGCAACUUUUUCAUGUGAAAAUCUUGUGACCCACUCGAGUUUCUGUAAGAAAUUAUUACAUUUUUUUCUUGUUUCUUUUAAAUUAAUAUUUUCAGAAU